ACAUCGCUGCUGAUGCUGCUGCUGCUGCCGAUGGGCGCCACCGGAUCUUCCAUGGCCCAACCGCACCGAUCGGGCCCCAAGACGCACAGUCAUGCGGCGUGCGACAAGGCGCUGCGAGUGUUGGACCAUCGAGCAGGUGUGAUGUUCAUACUGUCCUUGCGCGGUGCAACCACGUUGCAGUUUUAUUUCAACUCCUCACCAUGGCGAACUUAUUUGUAGCAAACGAGACUUCGAAAUUUGGUAUAGAAGUUUCAAGCAUUUUAUAAAUCGUGGUCUAGACGUAAGAUUGUCAGUGUAGAUGCUUGUGGCACUUUGUAGGUAGCAUGCUCCAACAUUCCGAGCUUCCUUCUUCUAGGAUAGGUCGUAUGCAAUUAUUCUCCGGGCAGAGACGGACCGAGUCUCCGAAAAAUCAUGAAACCAGAGAACUCGCUCCUUCCACUGGCGUGUUUGCACAAGUUUCGAGGGAUAAGCUCGUAGCUGGUGUCAUUCUCUAUCUUGCAAAUGCACUUGGGGUGACAUUCUCUGCCCCUACUUCCCAGCAUGCGUUUGAUGCAAGGCGUUUUUUUCUCCCCAUACAGCAUAGUAUAUUCUCAGCUUAAAAAGAUGUGGAACUGCAACUUUUAUCUUCGAACGAAUCACAACUUGAAUGUUGUAAUAGUGGAUAAUGCUAAAAAAUAUUUUCAUUAGGUCUACGACCGAAGAGUUAC